AUGGUUUUUUGUUUUGUUUUUAUAAGUGAAUUGUCAAACUUUGAGGUUAGAUUCUACGUUAAUGAAAACGAUAGAAUAAUAACAGUUUAAUAAUACACAAAUUUUAAUUUGUCGUUCUCCGAUGACUUGCCAGAUAAAUUUAGGAGCUGUUAUUACCGAUGUGACGUCCAUUAAAAAUAAUCUGUUUUUUCCGAAUAACGAUAAAGGUGGUGAUCUUAAUUGGUUGCAGAAAUGUGAAAUAUCAGCAUCGCCUGUAGGAGACAUUUUAGUCAUGGGUUACGAAAAACAAUUGCUAGUUUUAGCAGCUGAUUGGAACUCAAACACUAAUUUGUUAAACUACCGUAUUGUGUCCUGUGAAACUCUUGCAGAUGAACUCAUUACUGCAGUUCUUUGCUUACCUGUUGUCACACAAAACCAAAGUUCUCAUGUUGAUACGGAAUGGACAUGUAUAGCUGUUGGUUUUCAAUCUGGCCGGAUACGAUUUUACACGGAGGAUUCCAAAUUAUUGCUAUGCGAGCAAUUUAACACAGAUAAUGUUUGCAGCAUCAAGUGUCAGUCUCAGCAUAGUCCUCGGCCUGAUAUUAAUCCUGAUCUUAGAAUAGAAGAAGUAUAUAUUCAGUAUCCCAGUAAUGUCUGUGUUGUUAGUGGAAACCAUUUAUUUGGAAUACUCCGAAACCAUCGGUCCCAGUUAAUUGGAGGCAACCUUGAUAUUGGUCCAAAUGACUCGUCUUUAGUUGUUCCCAAAAAAUGGAGUUUUGCAGAACAGUAUUUAGUAAAAGAUUCGGUAGUUGUAGGAUUUGAAUUGUCCAACACUUUUGAUCACCUUCUGACAGCUUCCACUUGUGGUGGUUUUGAUACAAAAUACAGACUAGUGGCUCCUAAUAAUACUCUUGUUUUGGGCGUCGGUAACAAACCAUUCAUAGGUUUUCAUUUUGCAAUUGAGGGUGGUACACAACCUAUGCUUACAGAUGUUGCAAAAGCCAUUGCAACCAAAGUAAAAUCCGCUCUGCCCAACUGGCUUAUUGGUGGUAGAAGUAAUUCAGAAAAGUUGCCUUCAAUAGCAUCUCAGCUUGCAGAACCGAUGGGUUGUAGAUUUGGUAUUUGCGAUUUGCGUAGAAACGGUGUGGAAAUAAUUCUAUCUCCCAACAGAAGACUUGCCGCAAUUACCGACGUGCUAGGUCGUAUUUGUCUUUUAAAUGUCCACGAGGGUGUUGUAAUUCGAUUAUUCAAAGGAUAUCGGGAAGCGCAGUGCGCUUUUCUUCAAGUACCAGAUGAGACAAAAUCGCGGAAUAAGGUUAAAGUUCGAGUAGCGACCUUUUUAAUUAUCUAUUGCCCGAAAAAAGGCACAUUAGAAAUCCUUUCUGCUCAACAGGGAAUUAAAAUUGCCGUUUUUACUGCGUCUAAGUACUCUCGAUUGCUCUAUAUAACUCACGGUAUAAUGGGCUUCAGUAAUAUUUCAAAAAGCAAGUAUAUGUGCCGUUUUACAUGUAUUCUAAUCGAUCCGGAUGGUAACAUUAAAGAAAUCGUAAUACCAUUUCAUUUUGCUUUGCCCGAGAAAAACAAUCGUAAAGCUCGAGACAUGCAUUUGUACAAAAGAUUAAAGCAGAUUAUUAAAUCAAAAUCACAUAACAAGGAACAAUUGUUAUCUGAAUGUCUGAAUACAUGUAAAGAGUUGAGUACAAUUACAAUUCAGUUUAAAUGUUUAGAAAUGAUAUCAACGUAUAAAGAAGCAGAUGUGAAAAUAGUUCUUCAAUGCUCGGAGUAUUUGUUACAAAAUUAUAAAACCAGCAGAUACGAAGAGUUAGAAAUAGAGCAAAGAAAUUUAAAAAUUUUUGCAGAAAAUCUGCGGGCAAUUUCUCAAUUUUACGAAUUUAUCGUUAAAUCUGGAGAUGUAGAUAAAAGGGAAGAGAAUGAGAACGGUACUGUUUUAGAGUUUCAACGUGAUACAAUUAAAAAGAAAAAAAAAAUCACAGAAAGCAGUAAUUUAGAUUUACUUAUUGGCGCAAAAGAAAUGGACAGUUUACAAAAAUUACUUGAUCUCUGUCCCAUAAACGUUAUCAGUAAAUCACAAGUGUCUUUUUCGUUUGAUGAUAAAUUUACCUUUUCACGUUUUGUUUCAAUUUUCGAUUUGACGAACGAUAAUUGUAUUUCAACGAAAUUCGAAGAGGAGGAUAAGACUUGCUUUUUAACAGCGAAGUCGAUUUUCGAACGGUUCAUAGAAGGAAGCCGUGAUGAUUUUGAAGAUUUCAAAUUAAAUAUUAUCAAUAGUAAUGUGAUAAUGAAAGAUAUGUUUCGACUUUUAAUAUGUUAUUGGGUUAAUCGUCCACUAACUGCCAACAUGAAUUUGAAAAGGGAAAUGCAAAUUUUCCAUAGAAUUGUUUAUGAUUUAACGAAUACAGCUAACGUUGCGGAUAUUGUAGUUGAUUACAAUCAAACUUCAACAUUUUGGAAAGAAAUUAGAAUUAUUCUUGGUAAUUCUGAAAAACCAUUUCCAGCACUUACUGCUGCAUUAAUUUGCCGUAGCGUUUCUUUAAUAAUCGAACACGAAAGGGAUAUGCACAAGUCUGGAUCGAAUCUGGAAGACGAGAAUGCGGAAAUAUGGGAAAAACUAUCACAAGAGAAUUGCGAAUGGAUGUUACUAAUUGGUAAGCUAGAGGAUAUAUCACUUCUUAAUAUUAUACUGUCAAAUAGACCAGUUAUGCAACAUAGAAAGUUUUACAUUCUUCCAAAAUUGAAACAAAAAGACAUUCAGGUAAGUCUAAAAAUGAUCCUAGAAAAGGGUAAAGGAGCUAUUAGUGAGCUAGUGGCGCAGUGGCUCACAGCCACAGGAAUAGAUCCCCAUGUGUUGAACGCAAUUGAAGCAGAUGAUGCAUCAGAAGACAAGUACAUUGGCGAUAACAUGAUAGAACCGCUCUUAAAUAAUCUAGAUUUGUUAAGAAAACAAUUUCCUUUUAGUACGGAGAGUGGUAUCAUUUUGACGAAUAUGUGCUGGGAAUACGCAAUGGCAUGGCAAAAGACUGCACAAGAUUUCUCAAUUUUAGAAGCGUCAUUGAAAUGUUUAAAUUUAAUAACAAACAUCCACCUUAGACAAGGCUUGUAUAAUCUAGUUUGGAACACACAUUUGAAAAUUAUCUUUGAAAGUGCGUGCAAGCUCGUGAAUAAGGUAGGAAAGAGGCCUAAAGAGAAGUUAUGCCGUCAAGACACGGGACUGACGGAUACGCAAAUGCUUAAAUUCAUCGAGACGUGUACAAACUUUCUGGACGACUUCCUCGAUGUCGUCCAGCAGUGUUAUAACUCGGAGAGAAAACCGCUCCAGUACGAACCUAUUUGGGACGAAAGCAAUAACGAACAACCGUUGGGGGAAUUAGCGCUCCAACAAACACACAUCAAUUAUGACUUGGUGCAUUUGCAUUAUCAACUUAGUCUAAUUAUGCUCAUGCAGAUGACAUUUAAUGUGAAAUAUUCAAAAAUUGUUAACAGUUUGUUUGAUAACGUGAUGGCGGGGCUAUUUUUUACUGAUUUUCAGCAGAAAGUUCAAAUAGGUUGGCACAAGUCUGAGUCGAAAGUGCUCGCAUCUAGAACGCAAUUUUUGCUUAAAGUUAUAUCAGCAGGUAUCGAUACUUUAACAACAAAUAACGUUGGAACCGUCCGAUCGGACGAUUACGCAAAGUGGAUGGGAAAAAUUUUAAAUUUGGCGAGAGUCUGGAACUUGGACGCGGACGUUUUGAAAAGAUUUCAAGUUAUCCAAUUGUAUAUAAAUGGUUUUGAUUCCAUGGCGGAGGAACUAUUGCCUGCCAUUAAUGAAUUGGACAAAUUAGGCGCCGACCUUAUGGGAAUCGGUGCCAAGAGGCUAGCACGAUAUAUAACAUCGUCAAAAGAUUUGACAGAUAAAAUGGCUACCGUAAGUCCAGCAAUCAAACAGUAUUUGGAUACGAUGAGUGACGACUGGUGCGCUCCUAGUUCGUUGGACGAGAUUACAAACAUAUUUAUUCAUAGUCUUCAAUAUAUGCACGAAGAGCAAAAAGAAUACAAAAUUGGAGUUCAACUAUUUGAUGCCUGUAGGUCAUUGCAAGAAAUCAGCAGAUAACACUAAAUUGCCAAAACGUGUUUUAGAUUUAAUAAAAGAUUACGCUAGAAUAAAUGAUAAAAAAUUUAAUGCAUUUAAUAAGUUACAAUCAAAAAUAUAUUAAUUGUUUUAAAUUUU